GAGCUUGAGCUGGCAACAGGUCUCUUCCAAUUUUUUCCCACUCAAUCGCACGGUAAAGUAAUAAGGUAGGGCAGAAUGAAGCCCUGGAUUUGAAUCGAUGCUUAGUUCGCAGCCGCCUCAGCCAAAGCUGGCCAUGGAACACUCAGCGAAUGAUUUCUUGACAAUGCCUUCGGAACACUGCUUGCCAGCGCUGCUUGAUCUAACAAGACAUAUCCAGGCGGAAGAGUCCUCUCGAUUGUAUCAAACAGCAGUUCAAAGAAAACUGCUCGACAUUCUCAGCUUGAAGGAGGCACCUCAAGACCUACAAGAUGCCGCCAGCGAGCUCUUGGAGAUCUUAGAGAGACCGUCCUUGGCGGAGGCUGAGUUGGUGGAGUUGGUGGGGUCGCAGGAGAUACGGGAAUGGCUUCUAGGCCAAUUCUUUGUUGCGAAUGAGCAGCCGAGCCUUGAGUCCUCGCUUUUCAUGUCUCGCCACAUUUAUCACUGCACGAAGCGAGAGCGGAUUCGACGGCCAAUUGCCACCAGCAUCUAUCCGUCCUCAAAGUUGUUGGGGCAGUUGCUUCUAAGCUGUCCAGAGUUGGUCAUGGAUCAAGAGGUCUUGGAACUUGGUGCUGGUUUCCAUGGGUUGCCCUCCUUGGUGGCUGCUUGCUGUGGUGCCCGCCAUGUGCUUUGCAGUGAGAUGGACCCAGUGGCCCUACACCAGCUGGACAUCAAUACCAAGGACAGCGGUGUGGAGGUGAUGAAGCUGGACUGGAGUGCCCCCACCGAUUUGCGCAAGUUCCAGGCCAUCGCUUGCCGGGAGGUUGUGCUUGGGUCUGAUAUCGUGCACGAGACAUGGAUGGGUCCGGCAGCCUUGGAGAUUUUGAUGCAAUGCCUCAUGCCUGGUGGAAGGGCGGUCAUCGUUCUGCCAGCAUCCCACCACCGUUAUGGAGUGGAAGAGUUUCAGCAGUUGCUUCGAAGCAUGGAGGAGGAGCGUGUGCUUUCCGCAACAUUGAUAGACGGUUCUGGAACAUGGUCAGCAUUUCCUGAGCAAGUGCUUCGCUCGACAGAUGCUGAAGAUUUGUCCUACGACUGCUAUUUAAUUUGUGUACUUUGACACACUUUCACAAGGACGCCGUAUUGACUGGACUAGAUGUGUGCUUCAGUUGGUGCAGAAAUGCAGCCCCAAACGUCAGAGUCUGGAUGGCCUUUAGUGCUCUCCAUGUAUAUAUGUGUCAAUGAGUCGCGUAGAAGAAUGCUGGCUCCAACGGGUGCAAGCAUUCAUGUCAUUGCUUUGUGGGCUGCCUGAAAUGUGGGCGGCCGAAAGACCAUAGCUGCAACUACUGAUACUGCUUGA